AUGACCGAGACCGCAGCCGCCGAAGCGGCUCCUCAAGUCGUCCCCGCCGCCCAAACCAAGGCUCCCAAGAAGAAGAAGGCGCCCGCCCGGAAGAAGGCAGCCGGUCCGAAGCUGAGCGACCAGAUCGACAACAUUGUGGCGGAUUGCCACGAUCGCCGAGGGAUGUCUUUCUAUGCGAUAAAGAAGGGACUGGCCGCCAAGGGUGUGGAUGUGGAGAAGUGCCGCCACCUGAUCAAGACGGGCAUCAAGAGGAAAUUAGUAAACGGUUCCCUGGUUCAGAUCAAGGGCGUGGGCGCCUCGGGUUCUUUCAAGACCGAACAAGAAAUCAACGUCCAGGAAAACCCCGACCAAGAAAUUACGGGCAAAAAAAUCAACCAUCAAAAGAUCAUUGGUGAAGAAAUCUCCCUCCAAGAAAGUUGUGGCCAAGAAACCAGCGCUUAA